GCCAUUCGUGACCUACUUACGGUCUUCUACUUCCAAUCACCAGUUGCAUACCUUAUUCUAUUCACCUCUUCAAUUAUUCUAUUCUAGAUUUACUUUGCCUCCAUUUUUUACAGCCUGUUAUUUGUCGGAUAUUAUAUUUUCCCAGAGCUUUUGCUCCACUCCGCUAGCAGUCAAAGAGCUGCCGUUACUACCUGAGUUUUUCUCGGCGACUCCGUGGGUCGAACAUAGAAAAGAGGAGGCAUUUCUAGAUUUCUUCCAUAAUGAAUACAGAAGAGAACGAGGUCAAAGAUGAGCGCCUGCAGCAUCAGGAAGAAGGGGCCGAUGAUGAGGAGGAGAUUGCGGCGAUGAAGAGACGGGUAGCCGAAAUGGAAUCCGAGGCAGCGAAGUUGCGCGAAAUGCAAGCCACCCUUGAUCAACAGUCCGAGAACCUGCGGGAGGAUAAAGAAGAGAUCGAUGCGCGGAGUAUUUUCGUUGGCAACGUGGAUUAUGGCGCUUCCCCGGAGGAGAUUCAGGCGCAUUUCCAAAGCUGCGGCUCAAUAAACCGUGUUACCAUUCUCCUGGAUAAAUUCACGGGUCAACCUAAAGGAUACGCCUAUGUAGAGUUCGCGGAGCCUAGUUUGGUGGCCCAGGCCCUUGUUCUCAAUGAAAGUGUUUUCCGUGGCCGGAACCUGAAGGUCGUCCCCAAGCGUACUAACGUGCCAGGCAUGACUCGAGGACGCGGACGAGGUGGCUUCCGAGGCAGGGGUUUCUUCCGCGGCGGUUAUCCUCCCCGUGGAGGCUACCGCGGAGGCUAUCGGGGCCGGGGUCGGGGCUUUGCACCCUACUAAAUGCAUGGGACGGAUGCCCGCACAUUGAAGGGUGAAUAGUUUGCAUGAAAGAGAAUGGAAGCGAGCCCGAACAAGUCGAGCAAAAGAGGAAAUCGUCCGAACGCGUCCACACUAAGUCGAUAAAUAGUGAGGCUUCUCUAAAUUCAUGGAGUUGGGGGGAUGGGAUGUACUGUAUGAUAACCAUCUGGCAACCGGUAGGAUGGAUUCCGCUUGUUUCUAUGAUAUCACCCAUAUUCAACUGGGGGCACUUUUUCUUAUUUAUUUAUUUUGUUACGAUCACUGCCAGUUUUGAGAGGCCAAAUCUUACAGGCUCAAUGGCUAAAUAAAAAGAGUAAAAAAGGUCAAGAUGCUCAUUUUAAUUUAAUUUAAUUUUCAUAUGUACAGUACAUGUGAAGAUACGAGAGGUACAGUACUUUGGACGUGGUGGUAAAACUAUGCCCCACUGCCUGGUCAGUAACCAGACAUGACCCGUCGCAAUAUCUCUGCGUAGUAUAUACGAAUACUAGAU